AUGCGUAUAACGGCAGUCGCUUGGUUGGUGGACAACUACGAAAACGCCGAGGGAGUUAGCUUGCCACGGUCCACGUUGUACAACCACUAUAUGCGCCACUGCAACGAGCACAAGCUGGACGCCGUCAAUGCGGCGAGUUUUGGAAAACUGAUCCGUUCGGUUUUCACUGGAUUACGGACGCGCCGGUUGGGAACGCGAGGUAACAGUAAGUACCACUACUACGGGAUACGGAUCAAGCCGGGAUCGUCGCUGAACAACGCCAUGGAUGACCAAAAGCCAAUCAAUGCUAGUCAUAUGAAUAACAACAAUAGUCAUAGUCAUAAUCACAAUACCAUGGGCGGCGCUGGAGGACACGGCGUCGGACCGGGAGGGAUGGGCCACGGAGGCUCGAUAAAUCACCGUGGAUCGAAGAAAGGGUCGAUGAAGAACGAAAUUCCCGAAUCGUGCUCACAGUACCUGGGAGAUCCAUCGCAUGCCAUUCCGCAGUUUCCGCUGAUAAGCCUGAAUCACCCGUUGCCGGAGGACAUCAGCUUAGAGGACGUCGACACGCUACGGUCGAUCUACCGCGAACAUUGCGAAGCCUUCCUGGAUGCCAUAUUGAACCUGGACUUCAACAUGAUCGAGUCGCUGUGGCGCGAGUUUUGGCGGGCGGAGAACAAUAACAACAAUGCGGACGAGUGCGAGGAGGAAAAGUAUCUCAGCAAAACGAAGCUGUACGUGUUGACGCAGUGUGAACCGAUCCAGGAGUUUAUCAAACAGGUGGAUUUCAUGUUCUACCAAAACAUGGUGGACGUUCUGAUUCCGGACGUGUUGCGUCCGAUUCCGACCGGGUUGACCCAGGCCAUCCGUAACUUCGCCAAAAACCUCGAAAGUUGGCUCUCGUCCGCGAUGAGUGGCUGUCCGGAGUCGAUUGUGACCAUCAAAUUGGCGGCGGUGGCCGCCUUUGGACAAACCCUUCGGCGGUACACUUCCCUGAACCAUCUGGCUCAGGCGGCCAGAGCUGUCCUUCAGAACAGCACCCAAAUCGCUCAAAUGCUCAAUGAUCUCAACCGGGUAGACUUCCGGAACGUACAGGAGCAGGCUUCCUGGAUUUGCCAGUGUGACACGGCGACCGUGCAGCGGCUGGAAAACGACUUCAAGGCAGCUCUUCAACAGCAGAAUACUCUGGAGCAGUGGGCCAGCUGGUUGCAAGGAGUGGUGGACGAUGCGCUGGAAGAGUACCGUGGUAAACCGUCGUUUGUGAACGCAGCCAGACAGUUUUUGCUCAAGUGGAGCUUCUACAGCUCGAUGGUGAUUCGGGAUUUGACGCUUCGGUCGGCGGGAAGCUUCGGGAGCUUCCACCUGAUACGGCUACUCUACGAUGAGUACAUGUUCUUCAUCAUCGAGCACAAGGUGGCCGAAGCUACGCAAACUACGCCAAUUGCCGUCAUGGGCGAGAAAGAUGCUACCAGCUCCGCCAGCAGUCGUCAGUUGUUGCAUUCCCAGCACCUACAACAACCGCAACAACAGCAACAUCAUUCCCAGCAGCAAACGCAACCGGACGAUAUGAGCAGCAUGUUGUACACGUCCGACUUCGAGCGGCAGCAUCUGCUGGCCCACUGUCAGCAGCCUGACGAGUUUAGCCAUUUAUCCUCCUGUACGACAACAACGACUUCGACGGCGUCGGGGGCCACCUGGUACCUCGCGCCGUCGUCAUCUUCGUCGCCAUCCAAUAACAGUAGUACGGGAGCGGCCAGCGGAGGACCGGAAUCGCCGGCGUCUCCGUUUGCCUCCUUCUACUGUGGCCAUUAA